AAUUUUUUCCCCACCUGUCUUCCCUGCUUUCUCACUUCACACACAAACACUGUUACCAAGAAAAGCUAGAGAGCUACUUCUUGUAAGAGAAUUGAAGACGAACAGAGACAGAGAAAGCGAACGACAUUGUUUUGUUAGUGCGUGCGAGACAGAGAUGGGAUCUGGGACUGGAAGCUUUUUAAAGGUUCUUCUUGAGAACUUUGACGUUCUUGCUGGGCCUGUGAUUAGUCUUGUUUAUCCUCUAUAUGCCUCAAUUAGGGCAAUCGAGACAAAAUCUCAUGUUGAUGAUAAGCAAUGGCUUACUUACUGGAUUCUUUAUUCCAUGAUCACUCUCUUUGAGCUCACCUUUGCCAAAGUCAUUGAGUGGAUACCAAUCUGGCCAUUUGCGAAGCUCAUUUUGACCUGCUGGUUGGUUGUUCCAUACUUCAGUGGUGCUGCAUACGUUUAUGAGAACUUUGUGAGACCUUUCUAUGCCAACCCACAGGAAACCAUUAAUAUAUUGUAUGUGCCAAGAAAGAAGGAUAUCUUCAGCAAACCAGAUGACGUUCUAUCUGCCGCAGAGAAAUACAUUGAAGAGAAUGGGACUUAUGCUUUUGAGAAGCUCAUUACCAAGGAUAAGUCCAGGAGGAGUAGCAGCUAUACAUUCUUUGAUGGUGACAGGGAUGACCGAUACUGAGAGCUUCCAGCUUGUCCUGAUACAGUGUUCAUUGUUGGGGAAGACUUGCUAGAGUUCCUUUCAGUUACAUGCUGAUGCUGCUACUUAGUAGAGUUCUUUGUUUUCACUGAAUCUGGCGAUUUUUCUGUCUGUCUAAUGUGAUCUGUGGUUCUUUCUAAGUAUACAUGAUGUUGUAAGAUUAUAGUAUUUAAAUAUCAUGGUUGCUUGCUUUA